CUCGUCCUGCGGACCGGCUGCGCUGUCGUUGCCCUGACGCCUCCGUUGUUUACCGAAGCAGACGCUGAGGGUCAUGGCAGCUCUAAAUAGCUGAAGAGGCCGGGCCAUGAACAAGACCCGCGCGAAGCUCGCCUUCGCAAAGCGCUGAACUGAACUGAACCGAGUAGUCGCGUUCGGCAGCCGGACAAAGCAAGGCUCCGCCUCUCUCGCGCGCGAGAACUCGCUGGGAAGAACGUCGUCCUCGCGCCGGGCCUUUGAGGAGCUGGCCCUCGAAGCCAGACUGGUCGUGUUGAGUGUGCUUCAAGUUUGUUGCUGCUAACUGAUGAAAACCUGAUUUUCUGUUUACAGAAAAGGAUUGACGUAAUAUGCCCAUGGUGAUAUUGAGGAAAUAGAGACGUGUUAUGUAAACGAACUAAAGCUGUGCAUUUAUACGUUGUAAAGGCAAUGAAACAUAUAAACAAAUCAUCGUGCAAAUAAAACUGUAUACAUAGUCCUAUGAAAGUGUAGGUGAAGUGAAGUGAAGUGUAAUGACAAAAGAAAUUCUUUACUACCGAAUAAAAACUACAACUUGAGAUAAGUGCGUUUAUGGGGCACUGAAAAAAAAACCCGAAUAUAUAUACAUUUCUUAGAUAUAACUAACCAGGAAAGACAUCACACAUCAGAAAGGAAAGUCUGACAUUAUAAGAGAAGAUCUAGUUGACUUUCUAGUAAAUACAGGGUCACACAAGAACUAUAGUUCUACUACUUGUUCUCCUUUCCGGGGAAAAUGAAAGCUCCUCAACAUCCGACAAAAUAUUCUGCUCUUCUUUUCCUCUUGGUCGCGGAACAUGCCUGCGCUGCCGCCACCACCACGCCCCGGAGCCUCGGAGGAGCGGGCGAAGGCGACGGCCCCACGGGAACGCCCGGCGGCGGGGGCGCUGAGGGCAUCCCCGGGUUGCUGGAGCUGAGUCAGGCGGUGACUCAGCUGACUCAGAGACUCGCUACACUCGAAGUGAGUCUCGAGUCACGCUUUCUGAGACUUGGAGAAACGAUGACGAAGGGGGACGCGCUGCUCGAGGCCCUCGGCGCCCGCAUGAGAAAAGUGGACACCCUGGUGGAGAAGGUGGAGGCCCUGGACACCCGCCUGACCCACGAGACGUCCUCCCUGCACUCCACGCUCAGGGAUACCAAUAGAGACCUUCAGGGCAUGGCGACAAAGCUAGGGGAGCUGGAGAGCAAGGUCGAGGCAGGAGACGGGUCACGACACGAAACCAGGUCACACCAUCAAGGCACGUCAGAAUUCAGCUCCGAAACCGAGAUCGCAGCACAGAUAGGCCUACGUUUCGGUCUCAAUAUAUCAGGUAAGCCUAUGUUUUGGUCUCUCAAUAUAUCAGGUAAGCCUAUGUUUUGGUCUCUCAAUAUAUCAGGAAGGCCUCUGUUCGGUCUCUCAAUAAUAUCAGUAGGCCUAUGUAUUCGGUCUCUCAAUAUAUCAGGUAGGCCUAUGUCGGUCUUUCACUAUUCAGUUGCCUAUGUACGGUCUCUCAAUAUAAUCAGGUCGGCCUAUGUAUUCGGUCUCUCAGUAUAUCAGGUAGGCCUAUGUAUCGGUCUCAAUAUAUCAGGUAUGCCUAUGUUGCGGUCUCUCGAUAUAUCAGGUAAGCCUAUAUUUCGGUCUCUCAAUAUAUCAGGUAUGCCUAUGUUGCGGUCUCUCGAUAUAUCAGGUAGGCCUAUGUUUCGGCCUCUUAAUAUGUCAGGCCUAUGUUUCGGUCUCUUAAUAUAUCAGGUAGGCUAUGUAACGGUCUCAAUAUAUCCAGUUAAGAGAUUACUUCAGUCUGUGCUGAAGAAGAGCGACGAUUUACGGCGUGGCCUCACGAAGCAGACGAGCGAGGGCGUGGACCUCUUGAAGCUCCUUCACCAAAGAUUUUCUGUCCUUCUUCGGCGCAUGAACACUGAGCCUAAUCAUGGCCAGAUGCUCCGAGCUGAAAUGCAAGAAUUGGGUUCCUUGGUGGAGUCUUCAUACUCAGCUGUUCUCGUCGCCCAGAACGCCUUCAUCGAGUCCUGCGAACGCAUUCAGAUGGAGGAACCAACGCUGGAACUCAAAAUCACCGAAAUCCUGGAUAAACUCGUGACGAAUAUCGAUCUGGGACACCAGUUUAAUCGUCGCCAGCUGUCAGACCUGAGAGAAUUAGUCGAACAUCUAGGAGGAGCUGGAAAUGGCGAGUCGCCUCCAAAGUUGAACCUGUCGCGAGGCAUGGGGAGAUUUGAGCAACACACAUCUUCGGUCUCUGCCGGGAAAUUCGGGAAGCUGAAGGAGGCGCUGCUGGAGGGCAUCGAGAGCGCCAACCUGACGGUGGUGAAGCUGGAGGGUCUGGAGGAAAAGGUGGAGGAUCUCUCGAACGAGCUGCUGGAGACCAACUGGGCUUACUUCCAGCAGAAGGAACCCGCAGACCGGCUGACGACGGCCGCCAAGGACCUAAGGGGCUUCGUGCAAGACCAAAUCCUCCAGACGCUGAACCUCCACGAAUCCCUGCUGGCUGUCCUCGAGCAGCUGACGAUCAGCAACGACGUCGAUCAGCAGCGGGAAGCCAUAACGACCAUGCACCUGGAAAUUGAGCACGAUAGCCUGGAGCAAGGAACCUUCAUCCUGCCCUCGGAGUGCACCGCGGCUCUCAUCCAGCAGGUCCGCAGCCUGCCUGAGUUCCAGGCCAACCAGCAGGACAGGACCACUCCUGCCACGGCCGUCGAAGGGCCCCCCGAGGACCUGUCUGCGGUGUGGUUCAGCGGGCAAGACUUCGGGACUCCGGACCGGAUGUUCCCCCUGUACGGAGACCAUGGCUGGGUCGACAGGCAGGACGACUACUCUAGCGACGACGACUACGACUCAGAGUCCGCCUCAGGAGAGACCACGUCUUCCCCGACUCCGUCCUCGACGCCUGGAGGCGUGGAUCAAUACUUCGGGAUAUUCAAAAAUUUCGCCUGAUAAUCACAGAAGUUACAACUAAUGGAUUUUGUGUACAUAAUUAUGUUUCCCUUCAAAUGUGCAAUAUUUUGUUCUAACACUGAUAUAUAUACUAAUGGAAGUAAGAAAAUAUGGUAGUAUGCUUUCUCUGUGGAGCUGGUAUGUGACUUAAAUCUUAUGUGGACGAGUUUAUUAGUGUACGCAUAACACAAUGAAGAUAUGUAUUUUUGGAGACUGAAUGCUUAUAAUAAGUUUAAUAAUAAACUUGUAUAUAUGCUUACAGAAAGAGAUAGAGAAACUGUAUGUGUAUAUAUAAUGGCAUCUAUACAUCUAUGCAUUCCUAGAUAUAAACAAACAUACACUGAUACACAGCACGCACUCAUACAGCACGCACUCAUAUCACACACACACACACACACACACACACACACACACACACACACACACACACACACACACGCACGUGCGCGCGCGCGCGUAAACAAAUAUACACAUUGCCUGUUUCUCUUGUCUGUUGCAUGAAUAUGUAAAUAUUGCAAUAUGCAUUCGCUGUGUAAAUCGGAAAAGGUUUGUUAUAGAAGUCUAGAUGAAAGUAUAUUUAAACAUUUAUUUAUCAAAAUUUACAUUUCUAGAUACACAAUGAUGAAAUUUUGUUUGUUAUAUUUUCUAUUUUUUCUUAAUCUGCUUAAAAUGUAUGCAACUACGCAAAAGAGAAAAGCCUUGUAACACUGUUUUAUUGUGUUUACAAUAAAUGCUUACGACAA